ACCGCACAUCAUAUCCUCUCUCUCUCUCCUUCGUCAGCUAAGUACUUCUUAUGAGAGGAGGGAAGAGCAGUGAAACUUGCUGAACACAUCACAUUGGAAUCAAGCAACCAACAAUGAAGGUCCUCCAAAAAGAUGAGCACAUGGUUGCUGAGAGUGUUCUGCUGAAACACUCGCCCAAGAGUUUUCUGGUCUACGGAUACUUAGAUGCUUGUAAGAGAAACAAACAAAGUAACGUACAAUUCAUUGUUGAUACGUGGCCCGAUUUUAAGGUCAUCAUUUGUCGCCCUGACCCAGAAAACAAACAAGCCUCAGACGGGACAAAAAAGGUCAUGUUCUACUGCCUGGAUGAGAAAAUUUUGAGGGAAAUGUUAUUAGAAGAGGAUACAGUUGACUGGAGCUCUUAUUUUGUAAUAGCCUAUGACAGUUCCCACGCCUCCAUGCUCAAAGAGGUUUUCACGCAGAGACAAGUCAGCCACAAACAUGUGGCUUGUGCACAUCUUCUCUAUUUGCCAGAUAGUAGCCAUCUCGUCACACCAGCAUUCGACAGUGAUAUCAAAUCAAGGAUCUCAUCUCUCGCUCUUUCCCAUGCUCAUCUGGUGAAUCAAACCUGGAAGUUUGGAGGGGAUGAAUUUGCCUACAACAAAAUUGUAAGACAGAUCAGCGACUUCCCUUCAUACUGUGUCACUGAUCACCAGGGUCAUCCUGUUUCAUGGCUGCUUUUGCAUGAAAACCUGGCGAUGGGCAUGUUGUAUACUUUGCCUGAGCACAGACGAAAAGGUUACGCCACAGUCCUUGUCCACACCAUGGCCCAAAGACUCCUCACUGAGGGCUACCCAGUGUUCUGCUAUGUAGAGGAAGGCAACCUGCUCCCAUUUAAGCUGUUUAAAAGCUUGGGCUUUAUUGACGAUCCCUCUUACAGAGCGAUAUGGGAUGCAUUGAACACCUGAUUUUAAGAAGGUCAACGGCUUUGUGUUGUGGCGUGUGCUUAAUCGACUGCUUGAUUAUUUGAUUUCAAAAGGAUUACGUUCUGUAAACAAUUAACCUUAUUCUAUUGAUCUGACCGCUUAAGUUGCAAUUGACACUUUUACUGUUUAGCCAGAGACAAUAUAAAGGAAAUCAAAUAACGACUUCAGCUCUUGAUAUCAAGAAAUUCUUGCCAUUACAUUUAGGCAAGGUUCGGUAAUUGUUCUUCUUGAACACAGUUAAAAUGCCUUAACUGUUUAAUUUUUUUAUAUAAAAUACUUACCCAGUCUCGUGAGCUCACUGAAUGUGAACGAUAAUGGCAGCAUACAAAGGCACAAAAUUUCAUCAUGAUUUGCGUUCAUUGAAAAGACUAAUUAAAAUCAAGUCUACAAAAAUAGUAACAGCCGAAAUCAAUUCAUACAUAAGGCGCACUGGUGAUUUUUGAGAAAAUUAAAUGAUGAUGCCUUAUAGUCCGAAAAAUACAGAACUAUAAAUUACUCAUAGGUGUGAACGUGAAUAUAAAGAGUUGUUUGUCCAUAUGCGUCUGCAUCCUGCGCUUGACUGUCGACCAGUUCAGGGUGUGCCCCAACUCUUGCACAAAAUCAGCUUGGAUGGGUUCCAGCUCACCCACGACCCAAAUGCGGACAAGCAACAACAGAAAGAUAAUUGUUUAUUAGUGUAGAGAACACAGGUGGAAUUAACUAAAUGUGUCUUUGAAAUGGAGGGUGAGGAGUUUGCCCAACUUUCUCACAGCUUGGAGGCAUCUAGGAAUAUUGUGUUUGUUGAGCAGACUCUUUGUUGGAUCUGAAAAUAAAAUCAACAACCAUGAGUAUAA